UCUGUAAACACGGAUGGAACACCGAUGUGCUAACAGCCUGGCUUUCUGUCCAUUGGCUUUGCAGCGAUACGGCAGAGACGCCACCCCUCCGGCAGCCAAUCCCGAACAUUUUUUUCUCGGCCAGCGGGACGCUCCGUGCACAACUCCACUGUCACGCAUUGUAACAUCGAGUAGGUCACACCAUACGCCAAGGAUUUUUGCAAAACGAUUGUCAGCAAAGCGUUUCUUUUGCAAUGGGGCUCAUCGAGUCCGUUGAGAACUUGACGCAGUUCAAUUUCGAUCCCCGGCGCGUGUAUCACUUGCUGGCCGUCUUUUGUUUGGUGUUUGCGGCGUUGCAAAUAGCGAAGCUCUUCGCCAAAAGACAGAAGUGGAUUCGAAUUCUCGAGUGUUUUCCGGGGCCACCUACACACUGGCUGCUCGGACACGUUCAUGAGUUUCGGCAAGAUGGGACGGAUUUAGACAAAGUUUUAACGUGGGGAGAGAAGUACCCUCUGGCGUAUCCGAUGUGGUUCGGACCAUUCGUUGCAUUCCUGAAUAUCCAUCACCCCGCUUAUGUGAAGACCAUUCUGGCAUCACCAGAACCCAAAGAUGAUAUUGCAUAUCAAUUCCUAAUUCCUUGGAUAGGGGACGGGUUGCUCGUGUCUCAAGGUCAGAAGUGGUUUCGCCACAGAAGGCUGCUGACUCCAGGCUUCCAUUAUGAUGUUCUGAAGCCUUAUGUGAAACUAAUGGCUGACUCCACCAAAAUUAUGCUGGACAAAUGGGAAGCGUUCGCUAACAAAGACGAGUCGUUUGAGCUUUUCGAACACGUGAGCCUGAUGACUCUCGACAGCAUUAUGAAGUGUGCCUUCAGCAGCAACAGCAACUGUCAGAUAGAGAGCGGCACUAAUGCAUACAUCCAGGCGGUGUAUGAGCUGAGUUAUCUGAUAAACCUCAGGUUCCGGACUUUUCCAUACCACUGUGAAACAAUCUUCCGUCUCAGCCCACACGGCUACAGGUUCCGCAAAGCCUGCAGUAUAGCACAUCACCACACAGAGGAAGUUAUAAAAAAGAGAAAAGAAGCUCUCAAAGACGAGAUGGAACUGGGCAAAAUAGAAAAGAAGCGAUACCUGGACUUUCUGGACAUCUUACUGUGUGCAAGAGACGAGCACCAGCAGGGGCUCUCGGACGAGGCCAUCCGGGCCGAGGUGGACACCUUCAUGUUCGAGGGGCAUGACACCACGGCCAGCGGCAUCUCCUGGAUCCUGUACAGCCUGGCCGGCCACCCCGAGCACCAGCAGCGCUGCAGGGAGGAGAUCGCUCGGGCGCUGGAGGGGAAGGACUCCAUGGAAUGGGAGGACCUCAGUAAGAUCCCAUACACAACAAUGUGCGUUAAGGAAUCUCUGCGCCUCUAUCCCCCCGUGCCUGGGAUGUCCCGGAAGCUCACCAAGCCAAUGACGUUCUUCGAUGGGAGGACCGUUCCAGAAGGUUGUCUCAUUGGAACCAGCGUUUACGGCAUUCACAGGAAUCCGACGGUUUGGGAAAAUCCCAGCGUGUUCGAUCCACUGAGGUUUCUGCCGGAAAACUGCGCCAAGAGGUCUCCUCAUGCUUUUGUGCCUUUCUCUGCCGGACCCAGAAACUGUAUCGGACAAAACUUCGCCAUGAACGAAAUGAAAGUAGCAGUAGCGCUGACUCUGAGACGAUACAAGCUGGAAAGGGACCCCGAAAAAACACCCAAAAUGAUCCCCCGUCUUGUGCUGCGCUCUCUGAACGGAAUCCACCUGAAGAUCAAACACGUGGAGCUCGAACCCUGACUGCAACUCAGUGGGUUGCGUUUGGGAUUUUUAACGAGGGCUCUCUGUUAAUACUGUAAUUCACAAAGAAACUGGAUAUAACAAUAAUUAUGAUACAGGUUACUUUUUGUGUGAAGUACAUUUGCAAUUCCCAAGAACAAGGGAGAAAUGUUUGAUUCAGUUAGCAUUUUAAAGAAUUACUGCUAGUGGUGCUUUCAACAUAAGGGCAAUUCAUCAAAUAGGGGUAGCAUUAUAUUUUUAAAGGGAUUAUCAUUGUCAUUUGGUUUUCUUUUGUCAGAAACAUUCUUUUUUGUACUCAGAAUGUCCUAAUACUCACAAACCUUUAGGCAUUAAUGUUAAAAUAUUACAAAUCAUCUUUGAUUUUGACUGAUGUCAAAUUAAGAUGCUGCUUUUACUGUGCAAAAUACACAUGCUAGUGUCACAGGUGGUAUUGUGUCCUAGAGUGUUUUGUUUUGAAGUCUUAGUUUAGUACAGCUACCGCAGUACAGACUUACUUACCCUAAACUCUCAAUGUGUUUUUGCUCCUUUAGACUUAAAGAGUUAUUUCUCAGUUUGAGAAUACUUACUCAAUUCUCCUUCAGACGAAUUAAAGAGCCCUGCUACCACUAUGUUUUU